AGAAUGCACGAUGGAGCGAUUUAGUUUUAAUUUAGAGUUGCCGGUUCGCCCGGCUCUUCACGAGUUUCGAUGGCUGCUGGCUGACUUGACUGGCUGGCUGGUGGCUGGCUAAAUGGCUGGCUGGCUGACGGUGUGUGAGUGAAGAUCGAAGGAAGGAAGCCGGCAUCGUGUGUGUGCAUUGCGUGUGCCGUGUGCACAGUACAUACGGGUACAGCAUGUUUGCGCGGGUACGUAGGUUGAUGAUGCUGGUGAUGAUGCUGAUGAUGGUGCUGAAUCAUGAUGAUGGCUGGCGUUCACCAACAGAGUUUGGGGAUGUCGGGAGGUUGACUGCAUGCGCAUGGACCAAUGCGGCGCCUGAUGGUGAUGACGAUGCUGCUGCUGCGGUUUCUGCUGCUUCUGCUGCUUCUGCUUCUGCUGCGGUUUCUGCAGACAUCGUGAUGGUGAACGGUAGGUACUCUACUCGUACACGUUCAUACGGCAGUCCCCGUCCCUCGACCAUGCGUAGUCUUGGAUCUGGUCCUCACUCUCUCCAGGUGCGUAGUUAUGUCCCCAAGUUGGCGUUGGCAUGUCCUCGGAGUGCUUCGAUCCACCUGGACUCCGACCAAAACCUCCCACAAGCUCAAGGCCAGGGCACAGUUCCCAAUUGGAGUCCUCUGAUGGCAAUCCUUGCAGGAGAUGCAGCACAACCGCGUCCAUCCAUCGUCCGCCGUGAUCGUCAACUUUGUCCACCAUCAGCGCGUCCAGAGAGAGACGAGCAAGAUGGCCUGGUCCGUGAAGUGGCUGUUGGAGGGUAUAAAUUCUGCGGAUGGGGUUUGGGGACUAUAUGAUAAUAGUACUCUACUCACCUGUCUCCCCCACGGUGAGUGCGAACCCCGUAGGCGUGGAGGCAGAUGUAUGGAGUACCUACCUGCCUACAUACGCCAGAUCACCGUUUUCCAUGCACCUCCGAGUCGAUAGAGUACUUUGACAA